AUGGAGCCAUCCUCAUCCUCCGCUUCAGGCACAGAUACUAUUUCAGUCACUUCGAAAAGCAGCAGUGAAAAGGAUGUCUCCAGUGGCACUCUGAAAGGCUUCAGAAAAGAGGAGGAGGCUUUGAGGGUCCACAAGCCAAAAAUGAGAAUCCCUCAGCGACUGACCAAAGAGAAGUAUGCACUGGGGAUUGUUUCCCUCGCUCAAAGAUCCACAUGGGAAGACAGGAUAUAUUCUCCAAGACUUCAGUCGUCAGAAACUCCAUCCAAACUACUGGAAAAGUGGCCAACCUCCUUCAAAGCAAAGGUCAUCCAACAGGCAGAAAUGCUGACUUCCACACCCUUGCUGAAGCGCUUGUUGUUGUCUGCCAAGAACCAAAGGGCUGAUGAACCAUCACUGGAAUCACCAGAGUGGGACAGUGAUAUGGCAUCCAUCCUCCUCCUUCUGCACCUCUCGUCACCCCAGCCUGCGGGAAGGAAGAAAACCCAGAAGAUCAUACUCAGGCCAUUGACCAUCUGGUCGUAUUUCACAAGUCCUGUAGGAGUCUGGACGAGCACCUUCAGAGCCUUAUCGACACAAGCCAGCCAUAUCUUCUUGCUUCAGGGAUCAGCAAGGAGGCCAUCUGCAACUUCUUCAUUCUGAUCGACAAGAAGCGCAUCCCCUGUGAGGCUACCACUUCCUGAGCAGCAAUUGAUGAACUUUUUAAGCUUCACUUUGUCUUAGGGACUAGCUAUGACCCAGCACUCAAAAGCAUGUACACAUU